GUCUCACUUGCGCCGGUUUGUGCGCUAACCUGCACACGAAAUCGGAUGAGCAGGGCUGCCGUUCUCUAUAAAGCAGCGGCGGGCUGCACCUCCUAUUUCUUUACAAAAAUUUACUGAUAUCUUUCAAACAUACACUUGCCUGCUUGUAAAUCCCGUUCUACGACAAACAUGGCAGCACCAGCUUCAUUAGUAAGGCUAGACGAGAAAGAAGUCUACAGCACAGCGAUCAGGAUCUACAGUUGGACUCCUACCACUUUUAUCAAACGUGAGGUUCCACCCGAGAGGCGACAAAAGAACCUGCGUGGAGAAUGGAUUAUCGAUCCCUUCGUCAAGGAACUCCUUCAGAUCGAAGCUUCCGCACUCAAACUGCUCUCUAAAACAAAGAUCAAGGUGCCUAAACUCAUAGACAGCGGUCUAGACAAGAACGGGCUUGCUUUCGUUGAGACGGAGCUUUGGAGUGGCAUCCCUGGGUCGCGUGUUAGGGAGGAAUGCCGGAUGCCAGACGGAGAGAAGCAUGUCGACACCGGAGAAUGUACCCUCUGCGAAGAAAAGGCAUGGACCAACGCUGAAAGCUACAUCAUAAACGUGGUGCUCCCCGAGUUCGAGGAGCUAAGAUCGAAGACGAUGGGGCUCGAUGGGAAGCUUGUCCCGCCACCUUGGGUGCGAUACCACGAUAAUAGACCGACUUGGAUUCCAAAGCCUUCCGAUACCGACCGGUAUGUCUUUUGCAACUGGGACGUUGGCCCUCACAAUAUGAUGUUUGAGGAUGGAACGUUGGAAGUCAUUGGGGCAUACGACUGGGAGGGCGCGGGCUUUUUGCCUCCAGAGUUUCAGUUUGUGAACCGUUCUCGGCAAGAAUUUGACGCCCAGUUCGAGGAUGUCCCGAAGGUUAGACGCCUCAUAGAGCUCCUCGAUGCGUAGAGUGCUGGCGACUUACUGGUACUCUGAUAGUAGUUUGGCGAACUCAAUUUUUGAUUGACUAGAGAGCUUCCAUUACAUACAUACACAUACGCGUGACCCUAAACGCGGGAUAGG